AUGGCCACCGCUACGGCGGCAAUGCCUACUAUGCGUACGAAUGUGCCUUCCAGCAGGCCAAAACCACCGGCACGGGUAAACACCUCGUCGACGUACACCCUCGCCCAUACGGCACAAUGUAAGCUCAAACUGGCGGCGAAGCGAACCGAUCGGGACCUGCGAUUCGUCCUGGGCCACGCAUUCACUCUGGACAAUCUCAUGCUGAGGAUCGUGGAGAUUGAGAAUCGAGAGGCGAAAAGUGCCUUCACCGAAGGUGGCGGUAAGAGGUCUUCCAAGGACGUCAGUGAUGCCGAAGGUGAACACUUUGACUGUUCGCUGGCCCAACCCCAGACGGCGCCGACUUCCAAGGAACAUCACGACGACGACGACGGCGACUUUGACUGUACCAAGGCACCCCCACCGUCCGAAAGCAACAAGGCACAACAAAAUGUGUCUGGUGAGGCAGUCGGAGGUGGGAGAAGGAUCAGUUUCCAAGACAAUAAUGCGAGACCUUCCAAGAACGGGUACGGGUCAGCUGGGUCACGGUCGCCGAAAAAGAGACGCUCACCCUCGCCUCAACUCGUACUCCCGGCCGGUCUGAGUGACGACUCGUCGGACGACGAGAUAGCGGGCACCUCGAGCGACGACUACGAAGAACCCGAACUCAUGGCCUACGAUUGCGAAGCCGCCCCCACCGUGCCCGAGGACAAAAAGGCACUCAAGAAGGCCAACCUGCUCAGGUCCAGAAGCGGUAGGACGGGAAAGUACGCCCGGGAUGACACCUAUGUCGACGAAGAAGAUGCCGAACUGGAAUUGGCGGAUGACGAGUUGGACACCAACACCGACGUCGACACGGAUAAGCUGGGGGAUGACGUCGACGGCCUGGGACUGGACGACGACGACGGCGACGGUGACGGCAUGGGUUUGACUAGGUUCGAAAGUGCCAGUGCCAGACCACCCAGGAUGGUCGAGGACGUCGAGGGUGACGAGUACGACGUCGAUGACGACGGCACGGGACCGGAAUCACCACCACAGUUGCCCGUCGACGUCGACGUCCGUGAAAUCAUCGGAGGGGAAAAGGACGAAGAACUGACGGACCUCUACGAGAAGGUCAGGAGGUGUUACUGUCACGGUAACCGGGACGUCGUCGGUGGGAAGCCCGAGGGUAUAUGGGACGUCCCCGUCGAGAAGACGGGUGGUAAAAGGUUGGCCGUCGUCGCCGUCACCGCUUGA